ACGUAUAAAAAGGAGCAGCGAUUUGAAACAAACCAGUCCCAACUUCCUUUGCAGUCUAGCAGCCGCAGUCUACAAUAGGAAACAACAUGAAAUCCGUGGUCGCAGCCAUUACUUUGUUAGUAUGUGUCGCUCUGGUCCAUUCGGUGCCUCUGUCAAAAGGACAAUCCAAUACCAACAUCAACAAAAACACCAACACCAACGGCAAUUACGAAGCCUUGUACAACUUUCUCUCCGGCCUUUUGGACACCGAAGAAGAAGAAGAAGAAGAAGAACCCAUCAUUGAAACUCCGGUUUACAAACCACCUGUCUACAAGCCCACAAAACCCUAUCCCGUCUAUCCCGUCUAUCCCGGUGGUGGCGAUUAUGUGGAGGACAAAUACCCCGUCGUGACCAAGCCUCCGACCACCAACUACGGAUACGCCCCGUACAGACCCACCGUUUCGAUCCACAAGCCUUGCAGGCAUUGCCCGGCCAAGCCGACACCUUACAAGCCAUACAAGAUUCCUUAUUCAUCUGGAUCCCACGGUACUGUGAACAAAAAUACCAAUCUUGCCUCCAACACAAAUAUUAACGACGACGCUAAUUUAGCCACUGAGGAGGACGACAGCGAAUUCGAUUUUAAGAAAGCAGCUGGCGCCAAACAGGCACCAGCAGCCGAGACCGAAACAACCAAUUAGACCAGCAGCAGCCCACAAGAUAUUGAUGCCGACUUAUUCCGAUCUACAUAUGGGAAACUUUCUUACGGUCAUUCCGUGAUUUGACAAAAGGUCUCACAAGGAAUGUUAACAUCUCUGUUCCUACCUUUUUGCAACUCUAAUCCCUACAUGACUUUCUUCUGGUGGACUGGUAUUUUCGGUUGGCUCUGUAGAUGGCAAGUUUGAAUGCUUGAAUAAUACACACACUAAGUAUAAAACAAA